CGACAUCGAACGGAACGGUCGGGUAACAAAUCGCUCGUUCGUGACCGAUUACGUACGUGCGUGUAUUUACGCGUGUGAGUGAUAGUGCACAUAGAUUGGAUUGACAUCUUGCUUACGUAAACGGGGAACUCCUAACAAGAUUAAGGCAUCUACAAUCUCGAUGGAGUCAGCGCCCCUGGGUCCCCCCGCCCGCAAUGGCCUCCUGGUCCCCUAGCCAACCUCCCUCUCGGCCCCGCCCUCUCAGCACCAUAGACCUGCCUUCGCCCCUGGCCGAGGAGCCGCGACAAGACACCCUCAGACGAAAGUACUCCUUGGACCAUGGAGAGGCAUCCGAGCUGUCCUGGAGACUCCAGCAGAAGGAACUCCAGAGGAAAGAGGAUGUUGAAAGGAACUCUUCAGAGGAGCUGACAAAAAAUGAGUCGGAGGAAUCGAAUCCUCCAAAGGAAGAGAGUUCCCUCUUAGCGAAUCCCGCCGGGAGUGACAAAGAUGUAAACCACAAUGGGCCUUCAGAAGAGACAGAUAUUUCGAGUAAGUGUAAAAGAAAGGUGCUCAAACAAACUUCCUUCGAGUCAAUCAGUUGUGAUGACAAUUAUUUUUACGACUUUUUCGACCGCAAUGGUCGGCCUCCUACUCCACCCCAAGAUUCCUCAGAGGGACCUUUAGAAAACGUCACGAGGCGCGAGCAACCCUCGAAACCCGUUGAAGAGAACAAUAACCCCCAAGUAGUGAAUAGGAUAGAAACAAAUUGCGGUGCUGGAGUUAGAGUUAAACGUAAUGUGAACGUUAGGCCGAGAAGUUGGUUGACGACAACCACGACAGAAAGAGUAGAGGAUUGCAGAAGAAUUAGAAGAAGACAGACGGAUCCUUGCGGGAAAGACUUUUUAAGUAAUUAUGAAAGAGCUUUAUCUUCCUUACUGUAUCAACCGUACGAGUGCCGAACAGAAACCCCUAGCUCGUCCACCAUCGACGACUCAGAUGUCGGUUACUGGCUGGGCAGUCCGAAAAGGUGGAGCGCAAGAGAACGAAGAAGUGUUGGGGAGUUCUGCUAUAGAAACGAAUCUUCGGAAUCCUCCUCGAGUUCGUUAUCGUCAUCCAGUUCUUCCAUGGGAGAGUUUAUCAGAAGGAAACCCUGGGGCGACUGUAAAGACCCAUCGACGUCCAGCAUCCGCGCGCUCCUGUCAGAGUGGAAAUGCGGCAACACCGCAGAGAGCGUCGACCUCAAUUCGGAGUUGGCUCGCGGUCCGCUAGGGGCGCUCGGAACCGGUUGGGACGGCAGAGCGCAGUCAGCUCAGUCGCCGUCUCAGUGCGGAGUGAGGCAUGGCCGUGAAAUGUUGGUGAGUGUAGUGGAGCCGGAGACGCGAGGCAGUCAGAGCAACCUCUUGACCGCCACCGGAAGUGAGAAUGUGAGUGUCAGCUGUUAUAGGGCGGUUCCGGCGACUGUCUCGGCAGUUCCGGUGAUCCCCUGCAACAAUGUGAGCAGUGUUCGAGUGGUACCGACAGCGCCCAGGACUUUCACUUCGACAGAGGCGCAGACGGAUGAUGUGAUAGUUGAUACCAUAAGGGUUCCCUCGGGGAACCCCAACAGGGAGCAAAGGAGGAGAGAGAGGAGGGAACGAAGACAACAGAGACGCCUCGCCAACCACCUUCAUCCCCAUCAGACCCCGGACCCCUCUCUGUGGCCCCCUAUCAGUGAACCCAUGGUAGAUAGAUUGCCCGAUAUCCUCAACUCUCAUCUGCCCCCGCCAUACUCUACUCUGCCUAUGGGCCUGCCACCCCCACCGCAGCAUGUACACCCUCCGCCCCCCAUUCCACCCCCGAUGCCGCCCCCCAUCCCUGUCACAACUGUUCCUGGAAGCCCUCCCCCUCAAGCUGGUGGACUGCGGUUCCCCUUCGCCAUCGUUCCUGCAGGAAGAAGAAGGUCACGACUCUCCCCCCACUUCACUCCCGAGGACGAACCCAAGUCCUGCUGCGGGGUGGCUGUCUCCCAGACUCUCUCCAUCCGGUGGUUCAUCAUCCUCAUCUUCCUGGUGGGGAUAUGCUGCGCUGUGGUCGGCACUAUUCUAGGAGCCAUGAAGGCCACUGGGAGAGAACACCUAACAGUCUCACUCCUCAUGAUCGGAGUGGGUAUUGUCCUGGUGGCCGUCUCAGGAGUGGCGUGGCGCCUCACCUCCCAAGACGCCCCCUCCUGCCGCGCCAUGUUGGGUCUGGGGGGUGACGAUACCGGUGGAGAACCCAACAGAAGGUUCGUGCCCAGGCUUCCGCCCUCGUAUGGUCGCCCGCAUCACCCUUAUGCAGCGAUGAUGUACCCAGAAUUCCAGUACAGGGCGCCACCGCCAUCCUACCAAGCGUCGAUGCAGGAGUACAGGCUUAGGCUCCUGUUGCUGGACCGUCACUCGGGGGCAGCGCCGGGGGCGGCUGUCUCACCGCCCCCCACAUACCGCUCGCAGGCGGGUAGUCUCCUCAGGGCUCCCAUCGGAUUCCGGGGGCGAGAGACGCACACGCCCAGCCAGUCCGAGUACAGCCGGCCUCCAAGCUAUCGUUCCCGCACCAGCUCCCGACCCGACCCUGCCAGCUCACACAGUAGAGAGCCUUCAGGCUCCGACCCCGGGCAGGCCGUCAACGUCAUCACAGUUCAUCCUCACAUCAUCAAACUAGCGCCUUCGCCACCCCUGCCUGCCAAGACUGCGGGCAAGGACUCCAACCUGGUCACCAUCGUCCAGACCGCCUCCGAGCCCACAGGACCCGUCAUUGUCACCAUCAGCGGGCAGCAGGAUAGUUCCUCGAGCCACUGCCACCAAUCCGAGAUGGAAAUUUUGGCUCAUCUAUAGCCUUCUGUCAUGGAGAUUUUGGAUUGUCCUCGGCAUAUCUAACUGUAAAGUGGGAUUCUGGACUAUUUGGAAUCUCCUUUUGUCAUGUACUGGAAUCUAAUAUAAUGUAGAGUUUUGUAUGGUUUCUAGAUGUGCUCUUCACUCAUCUCUGGCAAUUGUAAAAAUUUUGUAUAUUUGGCAUUACCAACCUUAUUUUUUCUCAGCUACAGAUAAAAAGUAAAAUAGAUCUUAAUUCACAAUAUUCUACAUUCACUAGGUUCUGUCCUAGUUCCUAGUAUUUGGGGUUAGAUCAGUUCUUUUUCCUGAAAUUCAUCAUAAAAUGGACGCUGUGGUUGUCCUUAAUUAUUCCACUUAUAUCUAUGACAUGGUUUCGUUUUGGAAAUGCUAGGCUGUUUUUGCAGUUUUGAUUAGUAAGAUAAUAACUGAACAUUAAUAUUUUACCUUGUCUUUGGCAUUUCAUAGACUUGUCAAAAAACAGUAUGAGCAACUAAUCUUGAAAAAGUAUAACAUUUGAAGUUUUUACUUCUCUUUGGUAAUUUUUUAGCACCUGUACUAAAUUCAAGCUUCAGCCUUGAAUUGAAUUUACAGAUCUCAUUCGAUUCUGGUCAAAGAACCAAAUGGAUGUUUUAGCCCAUAUGUAGGAAUCAUAAACACUUCCCAAGCUCUUUGAAGGUAUUAAGAUUCUAAUGCUUCUUUGUAAGCUUAUGCAAAAUAAAUACGUUCUGACGUGGAACACAUAUUGUGAAUGUAAUGCACUUUUAAAAUAUUGCAGAUUGAUUAAUAACGUAUCAUAUUUUGAAAAGCCUUUUAAAACAAUGUUUUAUCACAGUAGAGGGAUGAGCAUUUAUUUCUAAUAAAUACUGUUAAUAAGGUGCACCGCUACAUACGAUGGGCUUAGAAUAUGUGACAGAAGUACAUAAGUUUGUUUGACAUUCAAGAUUACUUACUUACAUAUACAUACACUUUAAUACAAAUCAUUAUUUCAUUGCUUUGAUUUAGAUUCAGUAUAUCGCGUAAUUUUACAAAACCUUAACCAACCUCAUCUAUUAUGAGUCCAAAAGUUUUGGCAGCAUGCUAAACAGGGCUUUAUUUAAUAAUAUAUUAUUUUUAGAUUUUCCAACAUAGCAUUUCUCAUUACACCGUUCCUGGUGAAUAGACAUACCACAAUAGAAAUUGUUUUCUUUCUAUAUUUUUAUUUGUAUAAUGAUUCCAGCAAUUCGAGUUAUAUGGGAAUACGAUUACUCCUGAAGUUUCUAUUGUAAAAACUAAGUUUUUGGUGCUAGAGGCAAGAUUGAACUGUAAAAUAUGUAAAGCCAAAUCGAAUGGUGCCAUUCGUAUUAUAUAUUUUGUCCUAUAAAUAGUGUAUUUUUCUAACCAUAAUGACGUUUUUGUCAAAGGAAUAGCUUUUGAAAAGGCAUGUUUUAGUUAAGGAAACCUGAUGUUUUAAUUUUAAUAUUUUUGGGUUUUGAGUAAAGAUGUCCUUUAUAAACCAAUAAAAUGAAACUCCUUUGAUAAUAUUAAUAAUGUGUUGUUAAUAUUACAAGUUUUUGUCUGUUUUUAGUGUUUGCAAUAUGAAGUAAAUGAAUUAUUUUUGUGUUGUGUUUUAAAGUCUUGUAGUUCAUUUGGACAUCUAAAUGUAUUUUCAUCAAAUUUAAGAGUAUCUAUAUGUCUGUUUCUCUAUAUUAUUUUAGUUCAAUUGUAAUAUUUUAAUUGUUAAUUUAUGUCAUCAUAUUAUUCGACACUGAUCAUGUUGUCAAUAAACUCAUAUAUUCCCAUUUAGAUUUUCACACCAAACGAGAUUGAUUUCGAUUAGGUGAAGAGUUCCAAAGGCAGAUGCCUUGACAUGCCUUUCCUGUGACAACCAAAAGCUACGCAACUGUGUACAUAGUGUAUAUAAGUACAUGUAGCUGAUGUAAAGUUGAUGUACAUUUGUAUAAAGCCACUUGUAUUGAGGUGGACACCUCACUGCAUUGUUGAAUAAAUCAUUAUUUUUCCUAUCGUUA